CCCGCGCUAGUGUGCCGUGCCGAUCGAUAAGCAGGAGCUAGUUUAGCUUCCCUUACGCUAUGAACUCAUUAACAAGUUAGCAGUCGGAGCUUUCUCACAGCAAGAAUCAGUCACGUUUUUCUAAACUUGUCUGUAUCUUCUCGUUCCCUCUAAAUAACCCGCUUACUUGAUUAUUUUAUCUUGCAACAUUUAAUCCAGUUUUUGACUAUGUAUGCCUAAAUCACAAAAUUCCCUGCGCGUGAGUAUUCCCCGGUUAGUAGCUGGCUUCCCCCAAAACAUGGAGUCCGAACGUGAAGAACUAAAACACAAGACUAACUAACUGCCUUCUUUAGUCAUAAAAGCAACAUAAAAUAUGGCCGAUCGGAGGAAAAGGUUAUACAGAAGUUUGUCUACACCUCGUCGUUGUUCAAUUUGUCAGAAGAUGGUGUAUUUUACAGCCUUCCGAUGUAAAGAUUGUGGAAACGUCACGCACGACUCCUGCGAAGGAAAGAGGGAACCAUGUUGCUAUAGCAACACAAAUAGUCACAGGAGCGCCAUUCAGAAGCCCCUAGCCAGAGGUAAAAGUACUGAUGUAAAAUGGUACCCGGACACUGAAAAAACUGACGUCAUAUCUUUGGAUACAACUGAAAGUAACGAGCCACGUAUGUCGGCAAAUUAUAUUUACAACAUAGAGGUAAAACCAUCGCCAUCUAGUGGGAACACCAAUGGUUCUUUUGCUUUAUCAAGCUUACAAAAAGUAGUGCACUGGCUUGCUCAGCGACGCAGAAAUCGUGAAAUGAGCAAAGCAAACGCUGCCGAUAAACAUGCCAAAGCAAAAUAUGGGUUGAACCAAGGCAACUUAAGUGAAAAACAAACCCGCAAAAAAUUAAAGGCACUCUUGAAAAACUGUCCGAGAUCUAAUAGUGCUGUUUUAAGUUUAACUUGCUCAUCCAGAGCUUGUACCUGUGGGUGGAAUCACCUGCCAAUCACUUCAAGUCAAUCAACCAUUCACGCAUCUCUCAUCUCCCCAAAUGGCAGUUUGUCUUCUAGUAGCUGUCUGUCGUCCACCUCUUCCGCUGCUCAGACUCCUUCCGAUACGGAAUCCGAUUAUCGUAUUAGGGUUAACGACAGAAUUCCUCUUUGGUUGGAUAAAACUUACCAUGAAACUCGAUCUUCGUGCUUUUCUUCUAGUGGUGGUGCUACAUCUGCCUCCUUGAUGUCCGACACCAAACUUCCUGAUGUAAACUGUAAUCACAACCAGUGUAUCAAUCCACAAGGGCGAUGUGCUAAGAGGUGGUUGACUAAAGCAAGAACUCUUAGUAUAGAAAACAAAAGCUCACCAUCACACAGGCUCUGUUCUACAUGGCCCCCUGACGACGUACGUGUCAGCUCACUGGACGACCUUAUUGAUGACGACUCAGAAUCCGGUAUUGGAGACUGUGAAGACCAGGACGAGUGCUCGUCUCAAACGCAGAGAACAGAUGCAAGAGAAACGUUAGGGGAAUGGUGUAUACCAUUUAAUGAUCUUCAGUUUGGCCAGCGACUUAGGCACGGACGUCAAGGUGACAUCUACCGAGGACGUUGGCAUGGUGAAGUGUUGAUCUACACUUUCAGACAACAAAGACAAACAGAACUUUGUCAGUUUUUGGAUGAUGUCACGCAGCUGAGCAUGAUACGUCACGAAAACGUAGUUCUUUUCAUGGGUGCAUGUAUAGACCCGCCUCAACUUGCCGUUAUCACAAGUAUGAGGAAGGGACCUCUACUGUUCGAACACAUUCACAUCAAGCAUCAUAGACUGUCAUUCUUCACUAAAAUCAGCAUAGCCCGACAAAUCGCCCAGGGACUGGGAUAUCUCCACGCCAAAGGAAUAAUUCACAAGAAACUGAACUCCAGAAACGUGAUCCUCGAGAGCCGCGUGAAAUUGUGUCUCAUGGAUCAGGGAAUGCCGGACUCCAGACUGGAUAGGGCAGAGUAUGGCUGUGUUCCACGUGGUCAUCUGGCUUACCUCAGCCCAGAAUUAAUGCGAAACUUGCAGAUUGAACCUCCUAAAAUUUACUCCACGGUGUCCAACACAAAAGAAACGGACAUAUUUGCAUUUGGGUCCAUAGUGUAUGAACUUCUUGCAGAGUACUUCCCAUUCAGCGAAAUACCUCCUCAUUCUGUCGUUUGGUUAAUAGCCACUGGAAGACGCCAAUGUCUUAGUAACCUAAAAUGUACAAAUGGACUAAAGAGUUUAAUCCUCCAGUGCUGGUCUCACACCCCUUCUGACAGACCAGAUGUUGCAUACAUUAUUAAACAACUACAAGAAAGUUUUUCACUACACAAACGACACAGUAGUUCAGAGCCUGAACGUUUACACAGGUUGGGUCGGAGUUUCUGUGGAAGAUAACUGGACAAGCAUCCCACAAGCUGGACAACAGAUCAAAGUGUUAGUGCAAGAGAAACGUAUAGCCAGCAAUGACAGUCUUAAAGUGAAGUCCACCCAUCUGGUUUUCUUCCGUGUAUUGUGUGUUAGUAGAAGCUACGUGAUGCUGGAAGCAUUAUGGAAUGGCACUCCCUAAACAACUUAAAUCUCUUCUGAACCACAAGGAAUUAGGCAAAGAAUCUGUUUUUUGGAAGAGGGGGGUUUGAUGGUGGUGCUAAUAUACUGAACUAAAUGCAACAUGUUAUAGGAUGAAAAAUAAAGUGUAUUCUGAUAGUUUGUUGGAAACUUUGGAAGGUGAUAACAGAAAUUAAUUUAGAAAAAAUAUUAGUUUCAAAUACAAUCAAAGUAAAAACUAGUACACUAAGUUUACCCUGUCUGUGAUUGUAGGGUGGACUGUAUUCAGUUUCAGGUCUUAUUCAUCCAGUCAACAUUCUUAUCCUGAAUGGAAGACCACCAUUUCCUCAGUAGUUCCUGUUUAAAUACGUUCCAGAUGUGAUUUAUUUGUGUACCAGUUUACUUAGCUACAUCUAACUGUAAAUAAACAAUUUCAGAAACAACAGUCUUUUCCAUGAGGUUUUAAUGAUUGUUGAAGCUAGUCGUGUAAUUUUAAUAUUUUUAAAUUCUCAUGUACGAAGAUAUUUUUGUCAAACUGUGUAUACUUUUGUUUUAUAUCAUUUAUUCUCACAGCUGUAUUUACCUGGAUGAUUUCUCUUAAAGAAAAAGCACAUUGUAGGAAAUAUCUCCGGUAGCAUAUGUGACACUGUGAAUCAAGUGUUGGAAAAUGUAUUAGAGUAUAUAAAAUAACGACCUUUAUUUCCAGAAUGUAUCCGUAUUAGCUGAAUAUUUCACUAUUCCAGUUUCGUCAGGAGAUAUCAAUAUCCUACAAGUUCACUAAUACAGUUAAACUAAACUGGAAUUUGUAUCUGCUGAUGAUGCUGGAAUAGUGAAAUACUGAGUUAAUAAAGAUACAUUCUGGAAAUAAAGGUUAUUUACCUUAAUAGAAAUGUAUCAAUAAAUUCCAGUUUGCAUUAAACAA